ACCAUCUUCCCCCAUCACCGAAAAGCAUUGCCUUUGUGCAGCAUCCUCGUCGACUCUGAUACACCCGUCUUCCUCUCUUUCUCUUCAGCCACACCCACGCCCUUCAUUGAGCUACCUUCCGAAUUCAACACUCUUGUUCUCUCAUCUGCACGGAGCCGCCGCGACAAGAAGCUCCCGCAGAACGGGUACGUACUUCUGCCCCUUGCUGCAGGAGGAGUGGGCCUCGUUCGGACCGGAUCAACACUAAACCUUGUAAGUGCUGUCGUCUUGUUCAACAGUGCGGAUUGGAAAAAUCCUUACAGCCCAGCCUCUUGCAUAGUACAUACCUACAUCGACCGAAUAUACGACGACGAACUACGACCAACAGCGACUGCCCAGACGCGAUUAUCCCAAGCCUCUUAUACCGCUACCACGGCCGCUCUUCUCUGGCAAGACACUUGCCCUCCCCACUUUCCCCAAAAUUCCCCGUUACAACCGCCACCCUGGCUCAAGCAAUCGUCAUGCCGAAUACACCACCUCCAGCGCUAUUACCCCCACCAGAAGGCAUCUUCAGGACGUUUGAUGACUUGAUGGCCUCUGUUCAGCGCGUCGCCAAGGAUCAGGGCUACGGGAUUGUCAAGUUGCGCGCCUCCAACUAUCGCGACGGAAAGCCUACCCGUUACGAUCUUGUCUGCGAUCGCGGUGGUGUCAAGUAUAACAGCACCGCCAAGAAGCGCAAUCCAUCGACGCGCAAGAUCGACUGCCCUUUCCGUGCAAAGGCUGUCUGCGAAGUCCAGCUUGGGAAUCAAUGGCGCUUUGCCAUCCAAGAAGGUCGUCAUAACCACGAACCCCGGGUUCCCGCUGGCACUCCCGGCCAAGAGAACGCGCCGCUGGCCACCUCGAUCCGCUCCUUCACCAACAAGCUCGAUCGCCUCAACCACGACAUGGCCCAGGGCCUAAUGCGCAUUGAGCAGCGCCUAGAUAACAUCGAGAAGAGGAUGGAGAACCUCGAAGCGCGAGCGGGAGGAUACGAGCCCCGAUUCCAAGCUAUCGAGUCCAGGCUCCAGGGGAUGGAGGGACCGCGCAUGGACGGUAUGGGGAUGGACGAUGUUGAAUCGCGCCUCCUGGCUUCAACGGUCAUGUAG